AUGUUCUCACCGUCAGAACUGGAAGGCACGGCCAUGUUGGACAUGCUGGCCGGGACCGGAGGGUUCUGGAACCGGGCGGGGGGGCUCCGGGGCGAGAUCAUCGUGAACGGGUCCCACCUGCAGGCGAGGAAGCUGAGGCAUCGCGUGGCGUACGUGCAGCAGAACCAGGACUUUCAGCCGAACAUGAGCGUGAGGCAGACGCUGCUGUUUCACGCGUUCCUCAGGGAGCCGGGCAACGCGGCGAGGGACACGGACACGAAGGGAAGGGUGAGGGAGUUAUUUAUGAUCAUAUUUUUUCCCCACUUCUUUCGACCGGUUCGAUGCGGGAGAGUCGUGAGCCGUAAAUCGUCGGUGAAAAUCAUUCGCGUCAUGAGUCGCCGUUUUGAUUUAAGCGAUGGAAUCAUGCGCUUCGAAUCGCUGAUUCGAGGGCCCGGGAGGCACGGUGCUCAUGCCGGCGUGGCAAAGUUCGACACAUGCCCGACGCAGCGGAUGAUUACCGUGCGAUUCGCGAUAUCAGCGGCAAAGAGGGUCACGAUUGCCCAUUCUUCCCAGAUCAACGCCUUGAUCGAGGACCUGGGGCUGUCCCAGGUGCGGCACACCCGCGUCCACGAUCUCACCCUGUCGGAGAAGCUGCGGCUGAACGUCGCCUGCCACCUGCUGCUGGAGACGGACCUCAUCUUCCUGGACCAGCCGACGAAGGGGAUGGACAUCUUCGACACGUUCUUCCUCGUGGAGUACCUGCGACAGUGGGCGCUGAGGGGAAGGAUCGUGGUGACGACGUUGAACCCGCCGACCUACGAGAUCUUCACGAUGGUUUCGCGGGUGGCACUGCUGUCGACGGGGAGGCUCAUGUACUGUGGGAAGAGGAGGGAGAUGCUGCCGUACUUUGCUUUCAUCGAGUAUCCGUGCCCGGCCUAUAAGAAUCCUGCAGACUAUUACCUCGACCUGGUGACCUUGGACGACCUCUCGGCGGAAGCCAUGCUGGAAUCGAGUCAGCGGGUGAAGCAGCUGGCCGAGAUCUUCAAGAGGCGCCAGGAGCCCCUGUCCGACCCUGGUCCACCGGGAGUCCUGCCUCCGAAGGUCCAUUCUGCCGGUUGCAUGACGGAGUUCCUCGCUCUCUGGGUGCGUGCCAUGGUGUAUACCUUUCCGAACAAUGUGAUCGCCUGGGCAUUUCGGGUACUCCUCGCGGCGAUACUCUCACUCUGCAUCGGGACCAUCUGGUUCGACACGCGAACCGAUUCCAGGCAAGAGCAGAUGCACGUGAACGAUCGGCUGGGUUUCCACUAUCUGAUGAUGGGGUUGGGGAUCUGGCCGAGCAUCUUGCUGGAUCUGUCGGAUGCAUGGAGCGAGAAGGCUCCGAUCACGAGGGAUGUCUCUGAUGGCCUCUACUCCAAGGUCAACUUUAUCUUCUGCAAGAUGCUUUACAGCACACCGGCUGCCUUUGGUGUGUUUUUGGCCUAUCUCAUUCCCGCAUAUGCCCUGUCUGGGCUUCAGGGCUCCCAAGGAGCAAAUACUUUUCUUUUAUACCUGGGAUUCAUGCUCCUGUAUCUGUACACGGUGCGGUCACUUGCCCUGGCCUGUGUGUACCUGUUUUCGUCUCGACACGUGGCUGCUGUGAUCGUCGGAACAGUGACCACCCUGCUCCUGCUGCCCUCAGGAUAUGCCAUCCACACGGACGACCUCCAACCGUGGGUGUCCUGGCUGGCAUAUGCCUCUCCAAGCAAAUGGAUGUAUCAGGAGGUGGUCGUCGAGGAACUCAGGUCCAUCGACGAGUUCAAGUGCAGCACCAACCCACCGACUAAGCAAGAGGAUAUCAUUUAUCAGUUGCCCUGCGGCGUGCAGACGGGACGGCAGGCCCUGUCCUUCAUGGCGUUCAACACGAAACAAGAGCUUAUUUUGCCCCUGCUCGUCACGGGAGGAUUUCUCGUCGCAUGCCAUAUCCUCAGCAUUUUCUUCUUUCUAGCCAAAACCCAACUCCCCAAGCGAUCUCGCUCCAAGUUGGAGCGCAUGUAAUCAAAACUCACUGUCCUUGUCACGAAUCCAUUUUGUCCAUUCUGUGCCUGUGGUUUCAUCUGUUGUAUGAAUUGAUGAAAUAAAGUUUAAU